GCCUGCGUUUGUGCGUCUCUUUCUGGACUGGUUUAAACCGACAGAAAAUUGCCGGAGCUUGUACUUCUGACCUGCGGGGAGAAAUACAGCCUUCACCCCGCACACAGUGAGAGUUUACACACCCAGCUGCAGACAUUCACUCCCUGUACUAUGUCCACUUUCUGUGUGCAGACUCAGAGCCUCAGCAAAAAUGACCUCCUGUGAAGCCAUGGCCUCCAGUUGUCCCCUCCUGUUGUUGGUCCUGUGCAGUCUGACUGUGGCUGAAGCCCAGCUAAAGGUGUUUAACAUGCGGGCAAGCAAUCUUCCCUCCAGCAUCCUGGGAACCACAGACAGCUAUGUCAAGGGUUUCUGCGGCUCCGCCACUCUGGGUAAAACGUCUGUUCGCAACAACAACCCAAACCCCUGGUGGGAAGAGGUGUUCACCCACUUCAAGGCAGAGGAGAAAAACAUACUGAGGCUUGAGGUUCAUGACAGUGAUUUUAUCUUCGAUGACCUGCUGGGAGUCUGCCAGCGUCAGAUCAAGCUGGGAACUCAUGAGCAUGACUGCUUCCUGGAGAAAGGUGGCACGCUCCAUUAUACCUACACCCUCGGCUGAGACAGUCGUUAGGCAUGUAUAAAUGUAUCUGAUGUUAAGUCUUUACAUGCAGCUUCCAAUUCUCUCAGACUGGCUGCGAGGAACAUUAUCAUCCUAAUAGACUAGCUGUGAGGGCCAAGGUUCUUUGUACCAGAUCUAUGAUUCAUCAUUUAGGACAGAAAAAUAUUUACUCAAACUCAAAAUGUAAUCAGUAAACCUUGUUCUGGUGACUUUGUCACACUAAACCAUUGGCUAUUUUACUCUGUUUCCAAGGUUGUCAAUAGCAAAUAAACUGUACUGCAACAACCAAA